AUGCCGAGGAUGAGAGCGCAACCAGCCUCCCACUCAGCCUCCCUGGGGCUCUGCCAGGCUGAGGAGAGCCUCCGGAUCCUGGCGGGGACCGAAGGAGACAGCCUCCCGCUGAUGGAGAUCAACGCCGGUGAGACCGAGGCCUCCGAGCAGUGGGACUACGUCCUCGUGGCUGACCGCCGCACCCAGAGAAACCCCGGGCAGGCCUGCCAGCAGCGACGGUUCCUGGAGGAGCUCAGGACAAAGGGCUUCCAUUACAAGGUGCUGGAGGACCGCGAGAAGGUGUUCUUCGGGGUCCGAGCCGACAGCAGGAUCUUUGACCUAUACCGCACACUCCUCAUGGAGCCUGAGGGUCCUGCCGCCGGAGUGCAGCCUGCCAGGCCAGCCCCCAUCCCAGCCACCACCAGAAUCCGAAUUGUCAACUUUGUACUGAACAGCAAGACAGCAGCUGGUGACACGUUAGAGGAUUUGGUGAAGAAUGGGGUCUUUGAGACCAGAUUCGCCCUGCACAAGGGGGAGGACGACCUGAAGAAGAAAUGGGCCCAGUGGAGAAACAUGGUGCACAAGCAGCCAAUUGAUGACAUCAGGGACUACUUUGGCGAGAAGGUGGCCCUGUACUUCGCCUGGCUGGGCUGGUACACAUACAUGCUGGUGCCCGCUGCGGUGGCCGGCCUCGUCAUCUUCCUGAGCGGCUUCUCCCUGUUCAACGCCAGUCAGAUCAGGUGGGGAUGGGAGUACGGCUUCACGACCAUCUUCGUGGCGGCCUUCCCGCUCGCCCCGCUGCUGGCGCUCUUCAGCAACCUCGUGGAGAUCCGCCUGGACGCCAUCAAGAUGGUCAGGCUGCAGCGGCGCCUGGUGCCCCGCAAGGCCAAGGACAUCGGGACCUGGCUGCAGGUGCUGGAGACCAUCGGCGUGCUGGCGGUCAUUGCCAACGGAAUGGUCAUCGCCUUCACAUCGGAGUUCAUCCCCCGAGUGGUGUACAAGUACCACUACGGCCCGUGCCGAAAGGGGGCCGACCCUGCAGUCGACUGCCUCACAGGUUACAUCAACCACAGUCUGUCCGUGUUCCACACCAAGGACUUCCAGGACCCCAUCCGGAUAGAGGGCUCAGAGAACGUGACUGAGUGCAGGUACCGGGACUAUCGCAACGCUCAGGACUACAACUUAUCUGAGCAGUUCUGGGUCCUCCUGGCCAUCCGCCUGGUCUUCCUUAUCCUGUUUGAGCACGUGGCCUUGUGCAUCAAGCUCAUUGCCGCCUGGUUCGUGCCCGAUGUCCCCCAGUCGGUAAAGAACAAGGUUCUGGAAGACAAGUACCGGACACUCCGGGAAAAGAUACGCUCCAGCCGCAAGAGCACAGAUGUGUAG